GUCUCUGGCUGCGUGGAGAUACCCGGCGGCACCCGAGACUGGGCGUCCGCGCGCUUUGCCCGCGGCGCUGGGACAGCGAGGCGCACGGGGCCCCACGAGCGCUCUGGCCGUGCCGUCCAUCCCGGGGUGUGCAGUGUUGCCCCCGGAGCCGAGAAGAGGAUGCCCGCCGGCGCGGGGCUCGGGCUGCGAGGCUGAACGCCUUCAUUCGGCAGCGGCAGCGGAACUUGGCGUGCGCGGGAGCAACGGAGUCUGCCCAGAGCGUGGCGAGAGGACGAAGAGCUCCGGCUGAGCGUCCCCGGCCCCAAUCGGUGGGAUUCGCAGCGACCGCGGGCUAGUUGGCUCGGAUGGACACGGGGUUCGCGGCCCGGGCCGGGUGCUGUGGAGCGGCCGGGGCACCCGGGGCCCGUUGAGCGCCGGAGCCGCGGCCGCAGAGAGAACUCGUGCCGGCGGCCAUGCCCCGGCGCGGAGCCUAGUGCCGAGCGGAGCCCCCGCGGGCCAGCCCGCGCCUGUAGCCGUACGGGACCCCCAAGUUCCCGCGCCCGGAGUUCGCAGCACGCUCCCGACAAGAUGGCGCGGCGGGUCCCGGGAGCGCUCCGGGCCCCGCGCUGCUCAUCUCGCCUUCUCCUGUGGCUGCUGCUGCUGCUUUGGCUGGAGCCAGCGACGGCUGUGGCCGGCCCACGGGCGCCUUGCGCGGCCGCCUGCACUUGUGCUGGGGACUCCCUGGACUGUGGCGGGCGCGGGCUGGUGGCGCUGCCUGGGGACCUGCCCUCCUGGACGCGGAGUCUAAACCUGAGCUACAACAAAUUCUCUGAGAUUGACCCUGCUGGUUUUGAGGAUUUACCGAAUCUCCAGGAAGUGUACCUCAGUAAUAAUGAACUGACAGCCAUCCCAUCCCUGGGUGCUGCCUCGACACAUGUCGUCUCUCUCUUUCUGCAAAGUAAUAGGCUGAGAGCUGUGGAGGGAACACCACCAUCCCCUUACUAUUCUCUUGUGCUUGUGUCCAUAAGUGGGAACUUUUUUCAGCCUGUAAGAGAGACUUGUUUUCCGCAAGCUGUGCCCUUAUCUGAGCUCAACCUGGCCAGCAACCGAAUUGGCACCCUGGAGUCAGGAGCAUUUGAUGGUCUGUCACGGUCACUGCUAACUCUUCGCCUGAGCAAAAACAGGAUCACCCAGCUUCCUGUAAAAGCAUUCAAGUUACCCAGGCUGACACAACUGGAUCUCAAUCGGAAUCGGAUUCGACUGAUCGAGGGCCUCACAUUCCAGGGGCUCGAUAGUUUAGAGGUGCUGAAGCUUCAGCGGAACAACAUCAGCAAGCUGACAGAUGGGGCCUUCUGGGGACUAUCCAAAAUGCAUGUGCUGCACCUGGAGUACAACAGCCUGCUAGAAGUGAACAGUGGCUCGCUCUAUGGCCUCACAGCCCUGCACCAGCUUCACCUCAGCAACAACUCCAUCUCCCGUAUUCACCGUGACGGCUGGAGCUUCUGCCAGAAGCUGCAUGAGUUGGUACUAUCCUUCAACAACCUGACACGGCUGGAUGAGGAGAGCCUGGCGGAGCUGAGCAGCCUGAGUGUACUGCGCCUCAGCCACAAUGCCAUCAGCCACAUUGCAGAAGGCGCCUUCAAGGGACUCAAGAACCUGCGAGUCUUGGAUCUGGACCAUAAUGAGAUUUCAGGCACAAUAGAGGACACAAGUGGUGCCUUCACAGGGCUUGACAGCCUCAGUAAGCUGAAUCUGUUUGGAAAUAAGAUCAAGUCUGUGGCUAAGCGAGCAUUCUCAGGGCUGGAAGGCCUGGAGCACCUGAACCUUGGAGAGAAUGCAAUCAGGUCUGUCCAGUUUGAUGCCUUUGUGAAGAUGAAGAAUCUUAAGGAGCUCCAUAUCAGCAGUGACAGCUUCCUAUGUGAUUGCCAGCUGAAGUGGCUGCCCCUGUGGUUAACAAGCAGGAUGCUGCAAGCCUUUGUGACAGCCACCUGUGCCCACCCUGAGUCAUUGAAGGGCCACAGCAUCUUCUUGGUGUUGCCAGAGAGUUUCGUGUGUGAUGACUUCCCAAAGCCACAGAUCAUCACCCAGCCAGAGACCACUGUGGCUGUGGUGGGCAAGGACAUCCGGUUCACAUGCUCGGCAGCCAGCAGCAGCAGUUCCCCCAUGACCUUUGCUUGGAAGAAGGACAAUGAAGUCCUGACCAAUGCUGACAUGGAGAACUUUGCCCACGUGCGUGCGCAGGAUGGGGAGGUGAUGGAGUAUACCACCAUCCUACACCUUCGUCAGGUUACCUUCGGACACGAGGGCCGCUACCAGUGUGUCAUCACCAACCACUUUGGCUCCACCUACUCGCAUAAGGCCAGGCUCACUGUGAAUGUGUUGCCGUCGUUCACCAAAAUGCCUCAUGACAUUGCCAUCCGGACUGGCACGAUGGCCCGCCUUGAAUGUGCUGCCACCGGCCAUCCUAACCCCCAGAUUGCCUGGCAGAAGGAUGGAGGCACAGAUUUCCCCGCUGCCCGUGAGCGACGCAUGCAUGUCAUGCCAGACGACGAUGUGUUUUUCAUCACUGAUGUGAAGAUAGAUGACAUGGGGGUUUAUAGCUGUACUGCCCAGAACUCAGCUGGCUCCAUUUCAGCUAAUGCCACCCUGACUGUGUUAGAGACCCCGUCCUUGGCAGUGCCAUUGGAAGACCGUGUGGUGUCUGUGGGAGAAACAGUGGCCCUUCAGUGCAAAGCAACUGGCAGCCCGCUACCCCGCAUUACCUGGUUCAAGGGGGACCGCCCGCUGAGCCUGACAGAGCGGCACCACUUCACCCCUGGCAACCAGCUGCUUGUUGUUCAGAAUGUGGUGGCAGAGGACGCAGGCCGGUACACCUGCGAGAUGUCCAACACCCUGGGCACCGAGCGCGCACACAGCCAGCUGAGCAUCCUGCCCACCCCCGGCUGCAGGAAGGACGGGACCACCGUGGGGAUCUUCACCAUCGCUGUGGUGUGCAGCAUCGUCCUGACGUCACUGGUGUGGGUGUGCAUCAUCUACCAGACCCGGAGGAAGAGCGAGGAGUACAGCGUCACCAACACAGAUGAAACUAUUGUGCCACCAGAUGUGCCAAGCUACCUUUCUUCUCAGGGGACCCUGUCUGACCGACAGGAAACCGUCGUCAGGCCUGAGGGUGGCCAUCAGGCCAACGGGCACAUUGAGAGCAAUGGUGUCUGUCCAAGAGAUGUAGGCCUCUUUCCAGAGGCCGACGGUCCUGGGAUUCCAUGCAGGCAGCCAAAGCUCUGUGCUGGACAUAAUAAAGAGCCACGAAAGGUGACAGAGAAGGCCAACGGGACACCUGUUCCACGUAAGAUGGAACCCAGUGGCCCCAUGGUGUGCAGUGAUUGUAGUGCGGAUGUGGAUGGUUACUCCAAGGAACAAGCCCUUUAUGCCCAGCCUGUGUCCAGAGACACUACACAGCCAAGUACACUCGGUGUCCAGGAGCCCAGUCAGAAUGAUCAAGAACAUUCUCCGUAUCAUCAGAGCAGUGGGACUGGUGAUGGGUCUUACACCAACUACAGAGGGUCCCUCUACCCCAGUAACCAUGAUAGAAUGCUGACGGCCUUGAAGAAAAAGCCAGUGGCAUCUCCAGAUGGAAAAGGGGAUCCUUCUCGGACUUUAGCAAGGUUGUAUGAACCAGACUCCACAGACCUACAACCUGCAUCUUUGUUACCUUCAGGCAACCCAGAGAUUGCAGAAGCCCCCUCAGGCUCUCCCACCAUCCCCAGUGAAGCCCAGCACUUGCUUGUUUCCAAUGGCUGCCUGCCCAAGGCAUUUGACUCUGAUCCCAAGUCCACCACACUAACAGGACAGCUCGCUGGGAAACAGAAGGUGCCAUUACUGCUGGCAUCAAAAAGCUAGGCUUUGUCUACCUCAACUCUUGUUAUACCAAUCUCUGUGGGGGAGAGAGGGGUAGGAGAGGCCAUGAAGCAGCUUGGGUUCAAGCGUCAGUGAUCUGUAUAUAGUUUUAACUUCCGUGUGGAGUAUCAUUCAGAGGACUUGCAUCUGAAGCACAGAAAUGCAAGAGGCUAUUUGUGUACAAAAGGCAGAAAAAGUAUUUGAUACCAUUGUACAUAAGAGUUUUCAGAGAUUUCAUAUAUAUUAUAUAUCUUUUACAGAGGCUAUUUUAAUCUUUAGUGCAUGGUUAACAGAUAAAAAUUAUACAAUUUUGACAAUAUUAUUUUUCAUAUCAGGUUGCAGUUUAAUUUUGGAGGGUGGGUAGGGAAUAGUUCUGGUGCCUUAAUGCAUGGCUGGAAUUUAGAGGCUAAAACCACAUUUGUUCCCAGGAUUUGGUGGGUUGGGAAGUCCCUGGGUUGGUGUUCCACUUCGUAGGACACCCUGUAGGCUGCUCUGUGGCCCGAGACUUUGUGUGUUGGAGGCAACUUCACAUCAGCACUGCUUGUGUGUGGACACUCAUGCAGACGCCACCCAACCUUGCAGGGAGUGACAUUUUCUUUUAUGUGUAAGUUCUUUGAGGAAAAUGAGUUGUUAAUCCACCACAAGCAACUGGUCAGAACAAUUAAGCACUGCCUUUCUUCCUCCUUUGAAGCUCAUUUUAUAAUACAAGCAAAUGGGUUGUCAGUAUCCUUUGAUUUCUAUUUGAGACUUUUUAUUAAGGUAAAGGCUGCUGGUGUUGGUACCUGUGGAUUUUUUUCAAUAGUGAUGUUUUAGUUCUGCCAAUGUAACUAAUAUUACAUUGGCCUUGGGGGAUAAAAAAGAUGAAAGUUCUUACUUUCCAGGGCUAGCUUAUUUCUACUGAGAAUCCAGUGUAGAUCUGUACAUGCCAGUCCCUCACACAGAAGGAACUGGGCUUGGACUGUACAAGAUUUAGCCUGUAGCCUGGGUUCUAGGUAUAUUUGCACUUUUGAGACCUAUAGCUAACCAUCUUGUGAGUGCCAAUGUGUGAUGUAGUAAAAAUUACAUCGAAACAACAAGGUCCUAAAAAAUCUCAGAAUGCAAAUUCCUUUGGCCAAAAAGCUGAAGGGGGAGGUAUUGACAAAAUGGUUACCUAUGUUAAAUUUUACUGUCAGAUGUCGUCACUGUUCCAAAAGGUAAUAAGCACAUUUAGAAUUGUGUUCUCAACCAUUAACUGAUUGUUACUUCCACAAAAUAUGUGAAUUUGCUGCUUCUAAGAGGCAAUGUGAAAGAGGAAGUAUUACUUUUAUGUACAAAGUUAUUUAUUUAUAGAAAUUUUGGUACAAUGUACAUUGAAAACCAUGUAAAAUAUUGAAGUGUCUAACAAAUGGCAUUGAAGUGUCUUUAAUAAAGGUUCAUUUAUAAAGGU